GAGCGAGUGUGUCUCCACGCCUUCAGGAAGUGUAGGGGUCGCGUGAUAGCGAAGGUGGUCCCCACCUAUUUGCCAGUAGUCAAUAACUACCGCGUGUUCAACCGCCUCACCUUGGAGAAGAAAAUAUCAAGAGAGAGUGAGAGUGGGAUGAAGAUUCAGUGCAACGUGUGCGAGGUAGCGGAGGCGAACGUACUGUGCUGCGCGGACGAGGCGGCUCUUUGUUGGGCUUGUGAUGAGAAGGUUCAUGCUGCUAACAAGCUCGCCAGCAAGCAUCAGAGGCUGCCUCUCUCUAGCUCUUCGUCUCAGAUGCCCAAGUGUGAUAUAUGUCAGGAAGCAGUUGGCUAUUUCUUUUGUCUAGAAGAUCGAGCUGUACUCUGCAGGAAAUGUGAUGUUGCAAUACACACAGCUAAUACCUAUGUUUCAGCUCACCAGAGGUUUCUGCUUACUGGAGUAAAGGUAGGUCUUGAACCAACAGAGCCUGGUGCAUCCUCAGCUCUGGUGAAGUCACCCUCUGUUGAGAAAAUGUCAGAACCCGAAUCUCGCACUCUGUCUAGAAGGGUUAGUUCAAUGUCAUUAGCUGGACAAUACAACAAAUUAUUACCUGUCCAAGUUAGUGGAGUUGGGGAUUUUGUGCCUCCCAAGUUGUCAUUUGCUGGAGGUUCUGGAUCUGGAAGUAGUCCACAGUGGCCGUUAGAAGAAUUUUUUGGACUAACUGAAUUGAAUCAGAGUUCUGGGUAUAUGGAUACUGGCUCAUCCAAGGCUGAUAGUGGCAGGCUUGGAGAUUCAGACUGCUCCCCUAUUUUAAGAGCCGCUGAGGUGAAACUGGACGGUGAAGAGUGCUUGGGUAUGGUACCAGAUGCAUUGUGGGCGGUGCCACAGAUUCCUUCCCCACCUACAGCCUCAGGGCUUUACUGGCCAAAAUAUGAUCGGAAUCUGUCUGAAGCUGCAGUCUUCGUGCCGGACAUAUGCUACUCACAGAACCUUCACCGUUAUCAUCCAAAUGGUACUACUUCAAAACGGCGUAGGCAACUGUAA